AUGAGAUUUAGUUUAGAUGACUAUUUGGUUUCUGAAUCAAAAUUGAAUAAUGGCUCAGUUACUUUAACGUCAUCAAUUUCAAACUUGGAUACUUCUUCAUUACACACUAAUAUAAGGAAUCCUGCACUCAGGGAGACAAAUGUGGAUACUAUUUUAGAUCCAGAAUUGGAUCAACUUGUACAACGAUUGGUCAUUGAUAUUAAUAAAUUGCCUAACACUACGCUCAACGAACCAUAUAUAUCAAAUAUCCACAUUUCUAAUGAAAAUUCAUGGCCAAGAAAAUCGCGUAUAGAGGACUCUCAAUCUUUUUCUUCUGUUAUAUCUGACUCUAAAGUCCACCAUUAUGUAGAUAAUACAAGUAUGAUUGAAUCGUUAAGUUUGUUAUUAAAGAAUAAAUUUAAACAGUUGUCUGAGAUUAAUAAUAAUCAAGUAGAUUAUAUACGUAAAGAAAAAAAACGUCAAGAGGAAAAUAAAUUAAAAGAAUUGGAAAGGCAAAGACAGGAAAAGUUGAGACUUGAAAAAGAAGCUAAAUUGGAAGCUGAAAAAUUACAAAAGAAACAAGAACAGUUGAAACGUGAAAAAGAAAUUAAAUUGCAACAAGAGAAGGCAGAACUUGCCAAACAAGAAAAAUUGAACCAGUUGAAAAAGGCAAAAUCUGCCAAAUAUAUAACUAAUAGAGACUCAAUAGAAUCCCUAUUUUGGUCCUAUAAACAAAAAAUCCAAUCAAUUAAAGAUGAAAUUGUAUUACCUAUAAAGAUGGCUCAAAAACCAAUUAAAUCACCGAUUAUGGCCCAGAAAAGAAAGAUUAAUCCAAAAUUCGGUCAACUGACAAAUUCUUGGAAACAAUUACAAUUAAUUCAAAACGAAUUGGUGACGUUAAUUAAUCAGUGUAAGGAUGCCACCACCUCCACUACAAACCCAUCCCCGCUAGCCUUUAAGUGGAUAUUGAAUUUUGUUGCAAAGGCAAUUGUGCAUCAAAGUGAAUCCGAGAUUGGUGUUAAACCAGAAAGUGCAUUACCAUUGGCAAGAUUAACAAUUUUUCUUUUGAAUCAAUACCCUGAAUUAUCAGACUUUUUAAUGGCAAGGUUUGUCAAAAAAUGCCCAUACAUUAUCGGCUACUCAUCCUUACAAGACACUGAACAACGCAGAAUCAAUAUGGGUUGGAAACGUAAAAGUGAUGGGAAAUGGGAAAACGACACUACCUAUGAUGAAAGAAUGAAUGGGAUGAUAACGUUGUAUUCUACAAUUACAAAAUUAAACUCUGUCAAUUUGCCUGAUCCAGAGCAAUCUCAAUUAUGGAAUAUUGAAUCCAGUUGGAGGCUUGUGGCAAGGAUGGCUAAUUUGCCUAAAUCUUUAUUAAUUAAUACACAUUUUGUGAUACUUGGUGGGUGGUGGGAUGCAUGUGGAUGUGAAUUUAUCAAAAAAUAUGGGAAUCAAAGUGUGAAGUUAUUAAAUUUGAUAGCUAAUGAAAUGACGAAUUUAGUGAGUGAAAAGAAAUUUGUAGGUGCUGCAAGAUUAAGGAUCCUUUAUGAAGAAUGGCAGAUGACUGGUACCAUUAAAAGUUUCCCAGAGAUGGUAGAGUAA